UCACAUUCUCUUGAAAAACGUCAACAACAUCCAUAUUGCUCAUUUUUCAUUAUGAUUUUUUUUAAAUAUAAUUAUUGAUUUUCGCCACAAAGGCGUUGAGGACGAAUAGAUUAAUAUUUAAUUGAAUGUGCAAUAGGUUUUAAUUGUUAUAAAUAAACGGCCAUAGUAUCUUAUGUUGUGAAUUUGGUGAUAGAAUUUUUAUUAAAGAAUAAGGUUAGUGUAGAUAUAAUGUGUAUGUAUAAAUUUUGAAUAUAUGACUUAAAUAUUAAAACAAAGAUGGAAGUUAAAGAAGAGAAACCCGAUAUAAAAAAAGAAAAAGUAGACGAUGACGGGAGAAAAGAUCCGACAUCGUUCCUACCAGAUGAACCGAUGUCAUACGAAAUCAAAGUAAAGAAAAAGAAGAAGAAAAAGAAAAAGAAAGAUAUGAUGGAGGACCCGUUCAAAGACAUUGAGCAAAAAGUUUCCUUACCAACUACGACGGUCUACGAUCCAGCGAUGGAUAUGGAUGAACCAUCAGUUCUGGAUCCAGCUGAAGUUAAUAUCAAGGUUGAGAAUAUUGAGGUUGAAUUGGAUUUCAAUGAUUUCGCAAAUCACAAUGGCUUAAUGGUAGAAGGUCCUCAAAGUGAGGAGAGUCAAGAACCGGCUGUGAAAAUCGAAGACCAAAACCAUGAAGCAGUUCUUUUAACUUUCGAAAGUAUACUUAAAGAGAAAACCCUCCUAGGUUACAACCCGGACGAAAAUGUCUUAGGAUAUACAGCACCUGCACCAAACUUUGUGUGCAAAGUCUGCCAUCUAGUCUUUCAAAGCCCGAAAACUUUGAGAAUGCAUCAAAAAAGAAAGCAUAAAGUGUACAGAAAGUCUUUUAAACAUAUGUGUGAUUAUUGUGGUAUGGCAUAUGAACAGAAAAACAGUUUAGUUGCUCAUAUAAAGAGAAAACAUGGACCUAAUGCAGUACCUGACGAUGCUGAGGAAAGAACUUGCGAUGUAUGUGCUCUAGUCUUCAAAGGAUUUGCAAGAUUGCGUAUGCACAUGAGGCGGAAACACGGGUCCUUUGAAGAAUCCUUCAAACAUGUUUGCGAGGAAUGUGGACUAACGUACGAUAAACACAGGAGUUUAAUAGUCCAUAUGCAGAGAAAACAUUCAAACGUACCCAAACCGGUUUUAGAUACUUGGUACAACUGUCCAUUCUGCCCCAAAGUAUUUACUAAAAGAGAAACUUACGCGAGGCAUGUGCAAAGAAAGCAUCGGAUAAGCGAUGAAGAAAAUGAUAAACAAAACAGUGAAACAGCUGAAAUGAAGGAUUUAUUGGAAUGUAAGAACGAGGAAACUGGAGAAGUUAUGUGCAAAGAAUGUCCUCUUGUUUUUUCGUCAAUAAACUUCUUAAAACUACACAUGAGAAGGAAACAUAAUGCGUUAAAAGAUGAUUUUAGAUUGAAAUGUGUGAUAUGUAACCUCUCGUAUGAUAAAGUCGAGAGUUUGAAACGACACGUUAGACGGAAACAUGAUAAAGAAACAUAUUGUGACAUUUGCGAAAAGCAUUUCGAAACUAGAGAGAUGUAUCUUGGGCAUACUCAUAAGAAAAUGAUUCAAGAAUGUCAUGUUUGUGGUUUAGUUUUCGCAUCCCGAGGGGGAUUGUGUAAACACUUGCGGUGUACCCACAAAAUUGAUGCACCGAAAACUGUUUUUUGUGAUAUGUGUCCUGAAAGUUUUCACGACAAACGUCAGUUGAAACCUCACUACAUGAAAGUCCAUUUAAAAGUGUCGUACACCUGUCGAUUUUGUAAAAAAAUAUUUAGGGCGAAGGAGAGUUAUAGACGCCAUGUUUUGUUAAAACAUCCAAAUUACAAUGAAGGUCAGAGCAAACAGAAAUGUGAUCAGUGUACGGAAACGUUCACAGACGAAUUCGAAUUGUGUAAACAUAUCAACGUAGCGCACAAAGUACCUAACGAUAAGAUAGGUGCUAUGACUUUAAUAGAAGUUAAAAAGGAAGAAAUGGAUAUACCAGCUACCUUCCAAUGCAAUAAAUGUCCAGACAAUUAUGACAAUUGGGAACAACUAAAGCUGCAUUAUGAGCAAAACCAUCGAAAGAAAUCCGACACACAGUGUCAAGUAUGUGGAGAAAUGGUACCAGAACAAGACAUCCAGAAACAUAUAAAAUUAAAGCACACAGAUACAACAAUACAGUGUAGAUUUUGUGAAUUCGAAACGUCAAAUCGUACAAGUAUGACCCAACAUAUGCUAAGACAUAAAAAUGCAACCACUUUACACUGUGACUUUGCUGGUUGUAGAUAUAAAACUUAUUACGAACGUGCCAUGGAGAAGCACAAGAGAAAACAUGCAGACAUAGGGGUCAAGCUGCAAUGUUCACAAUGCCCAUUCCAGAGUAUGAAUAAAUAUAUUCUAAGAUAUCACGAAGAAGCCCAUGUGACUGGCAAAAAGAGAUACAUGUGCGAUCAAUGUGACUACGCCACGAUUCUACCAGCCAAUUUAGUCCAGCAUAAAUACAAGCAUUCUACAGAAAAGAGGUUUAAAUGUGAAGUCUGUCCAUUCGCUACGAAGUACAACACAUCAUUACGUUUUCACGUUAAGAAGAAACAUUGUGAUCUCCCCACAUUCAAAUUAAUAUCUAAAUAAUUUUAUUGUUAUUGUUAACAUAUAAGUUCUUGGUGUUAUGUCUUUAUUUUGAUUUAUUAAAAACAAUGGAAUAUUUAAU